GGAAUUUAUUCGGCUCCCACCGGGCCCGACACCGUCCACCAGCUUUUGCGUGGGAUGGAUAGGGGGGGGAUGAUGAUGUCUGUCGUUUAGGAGUGGAGUUAGCAUGUGCUGCGGUUGAUGAGGAGGGUCAACGUGUCGGCGGACAUGAUCGAGCCGUGCGUGAGUGAGGUUGCCAUCCGCAACCUCCACAUGCUAGAGCCCGCGCAGGUCGCGACCCACCUCCUCAACCCUCGUCGACGGUCCCUCACGUAUUACGAGUCGUUACAGACGAUCGCCGAUGACGCCCGUGUGGUCGAGGAGUGCGACAGAUUUCUCCUGGCGCAGACCGGCSGYGAUUCGGUCGGCWRACURUACAGGACYGUGAGGGASYAGAUGAGGCACUUCCACUCGAGGCGAGGAGAUUGGGGAGAUCGGUCCCUCUCCGAUGCCGAGGCGGACGAUUGCAGGGGGGACCGCGAGACCGAGCGUUGUGCGGCGUGGUGGUUUGACCAUGGACGUGCCCACCCGGAGUUGCGCACCAUGGCCAUCCGUGUCAUGCACUUGUGGACGUCUGCCUCUCCAGCGGAGAGGAACUGGGCUCAGCACGAGCGCAUCAACACGGCGAGGCGCGUCAAGCUUGGGUUUGCCAAGCUUGCACAACUGGUUGAGAUUGCCGCCAAUCUCAAACUGGCCUCGUGCGCACGGCAGGGUGGUGGGUACGUGUUGCCAUGGGUUAUGGGGACCGGUCGGGAGCGGAUGGCUGCAGAGGACGAGGAUGAGGAGGGAGACGUGGAGCACGAGGACGUGUUUGGCAAGAGGGCGACGGAGCUGCGACCGUGGCCGGAGGGUGGGGAUGAUGCGGACGCUGAUGCGGGAGACGACGACAUCGACGACCAGUUGACAGACGAUGAUGACGCGCCGCUGAGUGGCGACGCGACGGUUGAGCGGGUGUACUUCACUUACGGUGGGGGACAUGACGACAUGGCUUCAUUCACAUCAGUUAUCACUACUGAUGUGCCGUCGACCGGACAGGCAAGUGGCAGCAGCAGAGCCGGCGGUCGUCGUGGAGAACGUUCGCACGCGGAGGUUGGCGUCGACGACUCGGGGGAGCAGGAGCCACGGGGAGGCCUUCGGCAGACAGGCAGGCGUUGGGAGGUUAGGAGUGACAGUGAGGCCGAGGAGGAGGCCGAGGAUGAGGAGGUGCACCUUCGCGAUCGUCGCUUCUCUCCCUCCCAUCAUCUGAGCACUGCACAACCCGAGGCACUUAGGCGUUCGGAGAGGUUGGCGUCGACAGCAGGCAGAGACUGGACACAUGACGGCGAGGAUCGUGGGGGGGAGAGGACUCCUUCCGACGCCGGUAUCCGCCUCCGCUCGCCGUCGGAGCUCCGCACACACGACUUUGACGUCGGAGGACUUGGUGGGGGCUUGGGAGAUUUCAGUGCUGAGGGACGUCAACGUGCCUCACCGUCUGAGGUGCGCACCGACGAGGACGUUGUGCGGGGCCGUGUUGAGACUGAGGAGGAGCGGGAUGCCCGUUUGGACCGAGAGGAGGAGGAGCGGCUGGGGAGUUUGCCAGGAUGGGAGGGUCGGUUCGCGUAUGUUGAGGACCAACGUCGGCAGAGGGAGUUGGAGACAGGAGGGGGGGAGGCCGUGACGCCGAGGACUCGGGUGUCACUGAGGAGGCAGUUCAGGGGGAGUUCGUUGACGAGGGACAAGAUGCCGCCGCGGGUGGUGGGUCAGGUGGUGGACGACGCGGCGACGGGGAGACCGUGGGUGAUGAUGGGCAAGAUGUUGCCGUGGGCUGUGGGUCCCCUCGUGGAGGACGUGGUGACGGCGAGACCGCGGGUGAUGAGGGACAGGGUGCUGCCGUGUGUGGUAGGGGAGAGGGUGGACCCGGUGGAGAUGGGGAUACCGCGGGUGUUGAGGGAGACGAUGGACUGGACGGAGAUGAUGACGACGACCACGGUCCCGAGGACGAUGGCUCGCCUUGGUUCGUCGCUCAGCGGCGUGAGAGGGAGGGAGUUCGGAGCGGGUGAGGUGGGGUCCAACAGACGCAGCGAGGGCGGCAGAGACAGUGCAGGAUCGAUGCCUCCACCGCCCGCACGGGCUGCGGAGGCUGGCGUCGACGCCGAGGACCAGACGGCGGCACCCGAAGUUGCGCACAGUGGCGGUUCCCCGCCGACAGUCCGAGGUGGUGUGGGUGGCGGAUGGUCAGCUGUUCGUCGGGUCAGGGACCGGUUGCGGGCGGAUUACGACGUCGGGAGGGGCGUCUUCGCGGGACGUAGGCUAGUUCAGACGCAGGCUGCGGAGGGUGGGUCCGGACGUCCGAGCCUGCAGAUGGCAGGCCGCAUGCUCGGUUUGUCACGAGCGGCGACGAGGAGAUCAUUGGUCCUCGAGGCCGCAGGGACAUCCACGGACAUGCUGCGGGGACAGCAGUACACAUCGGGCGAGGAGGGGUUGUUGAUGCGUCCCGGGACGAGACGACAACACGGCCAUUCGGAGGUUGAGGCUCGACUCGCGGCAGAGGUCGCUGCUGGCCAGGCAGCAUUGGACGCGAUUCAGAGGGAGAGAGAGAUGGGGAUUGCUGCGGAGGCUGCGGAGGACGAGGACGCAGACACUGAGUCCAAGCCGAUCGAGACUGCGGCCCGCAGACAAAGGGCACAGGUGGCUGCUGCAGCCGCUGCAGCACAUGCGGCAUACCUCAGCGGGGCACAGGGCACAGGUGCCGGAGGGAGAGGAGGGCACCGGGAAGGACCGCAUGGCCGCCCGUCCUCCGGGAGAGGCCAUGCGCGCUCUGGAAGGAGAUGACAACGUUCGUGUAUUUUUUUUUUUUCAUUAGUUUUUUUUUUUGCGUGGCUGGACGCUCUGUCCGCAGGGUUGUUGCAUAUUUAUGUCGACGUUGUUCCAUGGAAACGACGACAGUAUGUGGACAUUAGGGUUUCUUUUUUUUUUUUUUUUUUUUGCUACUGGGUUGUACGGUAGAGACGACGGGUCCAGUUUUUGGCUUCAGCCUUGUACAUACGCAUUUCCAUUGAAAUGCUUUGUCAUUUAUUUGCUCUGGUUCGUGUUCCUCUCCCAACCUUGGUUUUGCAUCUGAGUCGCUGUUGUUUGGUGAGUGGUUUCUGGUUUGUUGUCGUGAUUGUUGCAAAUUAUGUGCUUCUCCGAUGUGCUAAUGAAUGUGUUUUUACACA